GCAGAAGAAUACCAUCUACCCUGUCUUCCUCACUACGUGGCAAGGUGGUUUGUACCCUUGUCAUGUUGGUUAAUUGUCAAGGUCCCAUUGUCAAUUGUCCACCUCUGGUCUGGAUUCUUUUUAACCUAAGUAUUGAACCACCACCAACCGCCAUCACCACCAGACGGUGGAAUUUCCAUCGUGUUCACGUGUUCAUGCGUAAGGAAGCCUUUCUUAUCAUUCCAGUCAACUAUCAUUCCAUGUUCCAUGUCUAAUUUUUUGUUUUUUUUUAUCUUUUUUGAUUGUUUCCGCCAAACCGACCGAUUGGCCCGCCGCUUUCUCUUCCUUUACCCAUAUUUGCUCCGUAUUUACGUUCUUUCUCGCGCAAGACUCACAUCCGUCUUCAUAUAAAAAAGCAAAAAAGAAGAGGACACACGUUGCUUUGCUGGUUCCACAUAUCCAUACUUCACUUUUACCUCUCUUUUUCCACAUUAAAUGGCGAUCAGGCUUGCCAAUCCAAACACUAUACUCUCGCAAUGCGAUCAAGCCGUCCAGCAUUUCUUACGGCCAAGAUACCGCACCCGCCUUUUGGCGGUUCUCGCCUUGGUGAUACUGUCAAUCUGCUGGCUACUGUAUGGCAAGUCAAAUCUGCACCAAACUGGUCAACGUCGCAACCAUGACUUCACUAGUCCGAAAGAUUACGGCUCCUUGGACGAUGCUUCAGCUUCAGCAAGGUCGGACUGGGUCAAAGCACACUCAGGCCACCGUAUUCCUGCGAGCAUUUGGCAGAUUAUGCUCCCCAAAGUUUUUGGUGAGAAGUCUCUGGUUAAGUCAGAUGCCCUGAGGCAGACGGCUACCUGGUUGGCCAUGAACCCAGAUUAUGUAUAUACUUUGGUGGGCCAGGAUGGUGGAAACGAUUUCGUCAACCGCCACUUUGGAUACAACAAGACUAUCGUCUCCACAUUCAACUCUUUGCCUAAUGUCGGCAUGAAGUCCGAUUUGCUUCGAUAUCUCAUUCUUUAUAUUGAAGGUGGUGUUUAUACAGACACGGACACUGUCGCAUUGAGACCGAUUGACGACUGGAUACCGAAGCCAUUCCGCAACGAGACCCGUCUUGUUGUCGGUAUUGAAUUCGACCAACGUGACGGAGGUAGAUGGGCGGACAUCCCUCACGCUCUUCAGUUUUGCCAGUGGACUAUUGCUGCCGCACCUGGCCACCGUAUUUUCCAGAUGAUGAUAUCCCGAGUGAUUCAAUCUUGGCAAGAGCUGAAGCAAAAGCACAACAUCAACACCGUCGGCGAAGACCCGUCUUGGAAAUUGACAAGCUUCGAAGUUAUGAACUCCACCGGCCCAGCAGCAUGGACGGAUGUUGUGUGGGAAUACUUGCAAGAAACCGACAACACCUUAACGGACAUCAGGAACCUGUCAUCCCUUGGUCCCCCAAGAUUGUUCCAUGAUGUACUUGUUCUGCCCAUUGAUGGGUUUGGGAUGGGACAGUCACAUUCAGGCAGUACUAAUGACGGAAGUAUACCCGAUGGGGCCCUCGCAAAACAUUUGUUUGGGGGUUCGUGGAGAGCAGACUAG